AUGCUUCUCGUCCUGACCAAGGCCUUCCUGCGGUCUCCCGCGCCGCGCGCGACGCGCCGCGUCGUCGCCCGCGCCGCCACCAACGGCGGCGAGUGGGCCCUGCCCAGCGGCUGGCGCGCGGCGCUGGGCGACGAGCUCGCGAGCGACCGCUUCCGGGACCUCCAGGCCUUCGUCGCCGCGGAGCGCGCCUCCCAAACCGUCUACCCGCCGCCGGACGAGACGCUCCGCGCGCUGCGAUCCGUCGACCUCGACGGCGUCCGCGUCUGCGUCGUGGGGCAGGACCCGUACCACGGCCCCGGCCAGGCCAACGGCCUCGCCUUCAGCGUCUCCGGCGGCUGCGCCAUCCCCCCGUCCCUCCGCAACGUGCUGCGCGAGUGCGCCGAGGACCACGGCGCCGCGCCGGCCGGCGGCGACCUCGGAGGCUGGGCGGACCAGGGCGUGCUCCUGCUCAACACCGCGCUGACGGUGCGCGAGGGCGAGGCGCACAGCCACCGCGGCCGCGGCUGGGAGCGCCUGACGGACGCCGUCGUGGCCGCGCUCGCCGCGCGGGAGCGACCGGUCGUCUUCGCGCUCUGGGGCAACCCCGCGAGGAAGAAAGCGGCCAUCGUCGACGGCGCGCGGCACCGCGUCGUCGCGUCGAGCCACCCGUCGCCCCUGUCCUGCGCGAAGACGGCGGCGCCCUUCCGGGGGAGCCGGUGCUUCUCGCGCAUCAACGCGCACCUCGAGGACCUCGGCGUCGAGCAAAUCGACUGG